UUGACGGCAUGGUUUUUAGGGGCGACCGAUUCCAGCGGUGAACUUUCGUUUUUGAUAAAAUGGAAAGGAAGCGAUGAGGCUGAUUUGGUUCCAUCUCGUAUUGCUAAUGUUCGAUGCCCUCAGCUGGUGAUUAAAUUCUACGAAGCGCGGCUCACUUGGCACACCAAAUCCACUGGAGAAGAAAAAGCCGAAGCAGCCGAUAAUUCUUAUAUAGGGAUGGCUGAAAAGCGCUCAAUUACGCCCUCGGAAGAAUCUGAUGACGAUGUAUUCUCUGUGGAAGAGAUCGUGGGAAAACGAGUGAAGAACGGUCGCGUUGAAUAUCUUUUAAAAUGGGAAAAUUUUCCAUCGUCUGAAAACACAUGGGAGCCAGCCGACAAUCUGAUGUGUCACGACUUAAUAAGAGAAUUCGAACUGAACGAGGCAAAGAAGAGUAAAGCAAUCAGAAAUUCAAAAUCGCAUAAACAAAAAGGCGAAGCUGACAUUUCUGCUAAACCCAUGGCAGGUUUGUGUGUUUUUGAAUUUUAAAU